UUUAGAGUCGGCAAAACGUCUUGGCGACACAAGCGGUGCAGCGAUGGUUCAGCGCAUUGCGCCGUUGCCCGACCUCAUCGCGCCGCGGCCUCGGCAGCGCUACCGCCAAGGACUCGUGCUGGCACUGCUCUACUUGGUCUUUGCGACGCUCGUGGCCGUCUGCACGCGCAAGCUGAGCUCGCUCGCCAACACGACAGUCUUUAUGGGGCUCAACACGGCCACGUAUACGACCAACAAGUUUGCGAUUCCGAUCACCGUGCUCCUACAAGGGACGACGACGUUGCACCUCUCGGCGUCGCUGCCGUUCGACGCCAAGCUCUCGCUGAGCACGCUCGUGUACGCGACGUGUGGGAAGCGCAACACGACGUGCGCCAACGGCUUCCAAAGUACGAGCAACCAACUAUGGGGCCAUGUGGCCAAAGCCCUCACGCUCAUCCCAAAUUUUGACGACCCCGUCUUCCAGGACCCGACGCUGACCGUCACGAUCCAGCACAUCAACAACAUGAGUGGCUGGAACAAACCGAUGGUGCAGAUCUCGAUUCCCGGCCACGCCAUGGCCGUCACGUGCAUGAUCAAGCGAGCGACCUUUUACCGGUCGUCUGCGCCGCCGUCGACGGCCGAGGUCGACUCGAUCGCGUUUUGCUCGACGCGCAAGUAUGACCCAAACUGGAUCUGCGAAAACGACGCUGCUUUGGACGCCAACACGUACGCGAUCCGCGCCAGCCAAGGCAAGGCCACGUACCUGGGUGUCGCGCCGCGCCGCGAAGUCUACUUGAACCCAAACUACCUCGCGACGUUCCGAAAUGGCGCGACCGCGAUGCGGCUCACGACCCUGACGUUCUUUGACGAGUACGAGCGCGGGAUUCUGCGGACGCUCGCGCCGUGGGACGUGCUGCCCGAGUCGAGCUGCGCCUCGCUGAACGUCGAGACCGGUCUUGGCUGGCUGCUGCACACGCAGGGAUUGGUGACGAUGGUCUGGGAGAGCGACGCGCUCAUGCUCACCAACAGCAUCGUGCUCUGGCUGCUGACCGUGUACCUCGUGGCGCUGCAGCUCGUGUUUCUGCGACAAAGCGUCGUCUGCAGCGUGCCCGUCUACAUGUCCAAGACCGUCGUCGACCUCGCGAUCCUCAUUGUGAGCUUUUACGGCAACCACAACCUCCAGACGCUGACGACGUACUUGUACAAGCGGCCGAGUGCCGAGACGCCCGUGUACUACAAGUGGCUCGGCCCCGCGCAGCUCGCAUCGGUGGUCGGUAUCAUGACCGGUCCGCUCAUCCAGAUGUGGUUCAACCCGCGACUGGUGACGCAAACGUGGCUGCUUCUUACCUUUAGCAUCGUCAACUGGGUUCUGGUCUUUGUACUCGAAGCGUUUGUGUUUCCAGAAAUGAGCAAGACCGUGCCAGGCCCGUGUGGGUACGCGACGUCGAGCAACUGCUUUAGCUUUGAUGCGAUCUACCGCACGUACUAUCUCUCAGGUAUCGCGUCCGGUGGCGUCGUCUUGGUUGCGAUUCUCUGCGUCUACGCGCACACGGCGUACGCUGCCAGAGUGCACAAGUCCUACGUCGUGCCGUCCACCAACUCGGUGCUCCAGUACCUUGAGAUCACCGACUUUUCCAGCAUCCUCACGUCGCCGUACAGUCUCCUCGUGGCGACCGACGACGGCGCCGUGGGCAUCGACAACGGCGUCCUCUUGGUGAAAAACAUGCUCCAAGUCUCGGACGCGGUGCUCACGCGCACAUCGAACGUCCAGUACGAGCUCGUCUACCGCUUCAUUCCGACGGCGUUGCUGCGGACGAUCUUUAGCCGCGCGAUCGGCACCAUUCGCAUCGUCUCGAUCGAGAAAAAUCGGAUUUUGCACCACUCGAGCUACAAGUACUUGCACGAAAUGGCCUUGAACCAGCGCGAGUACUCGCCCUACUACGCGUGACGUAGCGAGAACUGGAUUGUGUUGCAGCGAACACCCCAUAGUACAGUUGUAGAAUUAAAGAAUUGCGUGUGUUUACCA